UUUUGAAUUCGCACUAUCUACAAGACUGAUAACAUGAUUCUGAUUAUCGGAGCACUGGUGGCUGUUGCCGUUGCCGAUCCUUCUGAACCUGGCUGUUGUUUACCUCCUCAAUGGGAAGGUUUCCAAGGUGCUAUAAUUGGACAGGUUAUCGGAGCGCUUCCAAAAUCCUUUCACGAAGCUACUAAGAUAUCUUAUGAUGAAACUAACAAUAAAAUAGCUUACACUGUCGUUGAAACUGCUGGAGCUUCCUCAUCACCGGCCAUUAAAAUUAUUCAGGACUAUUCUGAGGGUCAACAAUAUAUCAUUAAUAUGGCUGCCCAGACAUGUCAACCAAGUGCUCUGCCAAAAACCUUUCAGAAAAUAUGUCUACCAGCUGAUGCAAAACCAUUAGGCAAAUUCUAUUUUGGUAUUGGUGAUACAAAAUUAGAAGCAGUUUCCUUUGGUGUUUACGUAAAUGGUGCAAAUGUCACUGCAGUUCUGACAUCAGAUAAUUGUGUGCCUAUUUUUGAAGUUCUCACAACAGCCAACACUAAAAUGGCAAUGAUGCAAGCACUUGCAUUUAUUAAUAUAACACCGGGCAUUCUAAAUCCAGAUGUUUUUAGCAUUCCUGAUAUUUGCAAACAAAGGAAGCCUGUGAGUUUUGGUGAAGCUGUGAGAAGAACUGGUUUAUUUUCUGGUCAUUAAAGGGCGAAAUUUCAAUAUUCGACUCAAUAUACUUUGUAUUCCAUCCAAAACAGAAUAAUAAAAUAAUCAUCAUUAAAAAUAUCAUG